AUGCAGAUCAUAGUGAGGAUAAUACUCGUUCAAUGUGUGUUCGCUUACGCAGUUACAGCAUUGGCAAUAAGAGAUACACAAAGCCAAAUAACACUUUUACGUAGAAGUCCAGCAGGUGGAGAUUCACGUAAAUGGCCAAUAACAAAGACCGGAAAAGAGAUCGAAAGAAAGAUGAUGAGAGAGCAUAAAGAUGUACGAACGCCUCAAGCCCGUGAAACGAUGAUAAGGACGGAACUUGUUAGACAUGGUGAAAAUGCCAGAACGGCAGGACAAGAAAAAGCAAGAUUAGAACAAAAGAUGUCACAAAAGAAGCAUACGUUAGAUUCUUUUAAGGGAAAAGCAUUGUCAAUCUUACCAAAUACUGCCGAACAUAAAUUGAAGAAAGCAAUCGGACAAAUUAAAAAAUCAAAUACUGCCGUUCAAAAUAUUUCAAAAGAUUUAGACUUCCAUCAAAGAAAAGGUAAUAUUCAUGAUAUGUCAAGCAUUUCUCAAACUAUUCAAGAAAUUCAAUCAGGUGGCAAAAAACGUUAUUCCAAUAAAGAGGCUUCCAGCAGUGGAUCUAGUCGUGCUCGUGCUCCAGAAAGGAUAAGUCAAUCUCAACCAGUCAGUCGUACUUCUUCUCCUACUCGACCUUUACUCCGUUCAACGCAUACUGCUAGUCAUGUUGCCACUCCUGCUCGAAGUCCGAUGCAUGCUCAACAGGUCAAAUCAUCAUCUCGCAGUGCAGGCCCCAGUCGUGCUUCCUCGCCUUACAGAGCGCAAACGCCCAGACGUGGUAGAGUAUGA